GUGUUUCAGACAGACAGGAGCGGUCUUGUAACGGGAAUGGCUUGCAACCAGAAGGAUUUCUCCUACGACUGGCUUCUAGGAUCCAACACUAUAACUAAAUAACGUAUUUACGUGACUCAAGGAUUUUGGAUUCAUUUCUGCUUUGACACAGGUUGACAUUCAUUAAUGAGAGGAGAAGAACCCGAGCCACGCAGUGUGUGACUGAGUGUGAAGCGCUCUCCCUCUCCAGAAUGAGUGUGUGUACCGACUGCCCCUCAUACCUGCGGCGGUGGCUGCUGACGGCUGUGUUUGUCUUGGUCGCUCUGCUACCAAUAACCAGCGGCUGCCCCAAGUCGUGCGCGUGCUACGUUCCCACCGAAGUGCACUGUACCUUCAGAUAUCUGACCGCAAUACCAGGCCAGAUCCAGACGGCUGUGGAAAGAAUUAACCUAGGGUAUAACAGUAUAACCGCAUUGAAGGAGAAUGAUCUGUCUGGGUUGGAAUACCUGGAGCUGUUGAUGCUCCACAGCAACACCAUCCACAGCAUCGCUGACAGGGCCUUUCAAGACCUCAAGUCCUUACAGGUCCUGAAGAUGAGCUACAACAGAGUGAAGGAGAUCAACAAGGACACCUUCCAAGGCCUGGAGGGCCUGGUACGACUCCACAUGGACCACAACCUCAUCGAGUUCAUCAACCCGGAGGCGUUCUACGGUCUGACCACGUUACAGCUGGUCCACCUGGAGGGCAACCUGCUCCAGCAGCUUCACCCGGAUACCUUCAUCACGCUGAGGCACAGCCAGGUGUUCAAGGUGUCCUCCGUUAGGAACAUCCACCUGUCUGACAACCUCCUCGCCAGCCUCCCCAAAGACAUCUUUACUGGCUGCUCCCAGCUGGAGAACAUCUAUCUCCAUGGCAACCCCUGGUCCUGUGACUGUCGCAUGGCUUGGUUCCCAGAGUGGGCGGAGAUAAAUUCAGGUGUGCUGAAAUGCAAGCGAGACAGGAAGUAUGCCAGAGGUGAAGCCUGUCCCGUCUGUGAGACCCCUUCUCCCAUUCGAGGCAGGAGCCUAACCCAGCUUCCCCAUGACUCCUUCACCUGUACCAAACCCUGGAUCCACCCCCAUCUGAAGCAGAGGAACGUCAGCCUGGACGAGGGGGAUUACACCCCAGUCUCCCCCCGGGACUUCAUCGCUCCCGUCGGAUCCCUGCAGAUGAACCUGACAGAUCAGUUCCACAAUGACGCUAGCCUUACCUGCACAGUCCAGAGACCGUCAGCCAUGGAGAACCUGACUCUAACCCAGGUGGAGGAGGGGGAGAAGAACGUGACCAUGCUGUCCACCACCAUCUCUACAUGGCUGGUCUGUAAUAUUGACUAUGAACACAUCCAACAGCUCUGGCGCAUCCUGGCUACGUACAGUGACGUUCCCAUGAGGCUAGAGAGAGGGUUGAUGCUCUCCAGGACCCCAGAUAUGAUCUACAAGUACACCCAGAUCAGACCAAUGGAGGGACGUGAUGAAAUCCACACAGAUAUCGAAGCUGAGAUUAAGGCUUCACCCGCAUGGUUGAUGCAGGGAGAGGUCAACUUUCAGCUGGACCGUACCACGACCACAUUCUCCACUCUGCACAUUAAGUACAGGUCAGUGGUUAACCUGCGUGUAGAGAACACAGUGUCGCAGACGAGGGACCGUUACAGCUGGACCAUCAUCAAACGAGACAACCAGACUCAGACUGAGCACUCUGUCCUCAUAGGUGGGGUGGUGGAGCUCAACUGCCAGACUUUGGGGGAGCCAAAGCCCUCUGUAGAGUGGAUCUUAUCGGACGGCAGUAAGGUACGGGCGCCCUACUCCAGCGAGGACCGCAGGAUAGUGAUCACCGUUGAUGGGAGGCUCACCCUGAGAGGAACGGACACCUCAGACACUGGGCUUUACCGCUGCAUCGCCACUAACUACCUGGACGCAGACGUGCUCAGCUUCCGGGUCACCGUACUGUCUCCCGAUGUGGAGGAAGUGGAGGUCAACGGAGUCAAGCUCUCACGGCCACUGGGCCAGAGCCUGGUUCUAGACUGUGGGUCCGCAGGCAGCCCUGAUGCCUCGGUCCAGUGGAUUCUACCUGACCACACAGUCCUGGAUAAAUCCUAUGGGAACAGGAAGCUCUAUAGGAACGGGACUCUAGGAAUAAAAGAUCUGACCUCCAGAGACCGGGGGUUUUACAGGUGUCUCAGUGCUAACUACCUGGGGGUGGACCUGCUGACGUCCCAGGUGACUGUCACUGGGGAGGGGUACAGGAAGGUGACGGUGGUGGAUAGAGAGGGGUCAGGGGUGGAACCUGGGGUUGAGUUUGAGGUUGACGGGGGCAUAGAGGAGAGGGAGGAUUCCCACAGUGAGAUCCCUUCCUCCAGCGCUUCUGACAGAACCAUCAAGGAGUCCAGGACCAUCACAUCAGAUAGGCCGUACCCCAGACUCAGGUCCUCCUCUCAGGGCAGAGGAUCAGGUGGCUCAGGGGUGAGGUUGAGGGGCCCAGCCAGCAGUAGACGCAUAUGGAGCAACAGGAGGGUCUUUGAUCAAGCCUCCAGGAAAGUAGACCCUCAGAGAUUUGCAGAGUUCAUGAAGAAGGCUCAAGGUGGUUCAACAACGAAGACAGAGAGGGAGAAAGAAAAAGGAGUUUCUGAGACUGACAUGUCUGCGGACGGGGAUGCUGGAUCUGGGAAGGGUCUGUCUCAUGAAGACGGACUCGUUGUUUUACCAAGCACCGUCAUACCAACCCCAGAUACUCCAGAUGAAAGAAAGAUGAGUGUAACUGCAAGCAUAGAGAACGUAAACAAUCAGAACAGUGAAACCAGUUUCAUGACAACCAUGGAGAUCCCAGAUGACAUUCGAACUAGUUUCACUGUAACAACAGAAAACACUGACAGAGUGACGACAGAGUCAUACAGCCGGUCAGACGCCACACCCAUCGAGUCCACAUUCACCCACGGCCCCGACAUCACAGGGAUAAUCAGUGAAACUCAGAGUGAGGCAGUCACACCAUACAUUCCCAGUAUCAGUAGGUCUAGUGGAACUAGUGGGUCUAGCGGUGAGUCGUACGCUCUGGAGAGGAACACGACGGUACCCCUGAGGCUACCCGUCACUCUCCGCCUCACCGUGACCGACACCACAGACGAGACCCAGAUCCUAUUCUCCGGAGAAGCACCUGCAGAAUCGGAGACCUCCACCGGGGCGGCACGAUCGCUCGUCGCCGACCCCAACGUCACCCCCAUGAUGGACAGUCCCAGAUCACCCCCAAGAGGGCCUGAGAUCCACACAGCCACUGACCCAGACAGCCAGACCACCUUCACUGCAGUCACCACCACCGAGAGAGAGCAGGAUGAGAUCACCUUCCACACCACCCAGAGGAUCAAGUCCCCCCGUCUGCCUGCAGGCUCCACUAUCAUCUCCCGCCAGCAGAUCCACAUCAUCCCCCCUAUGAAGGGCCGAGGAGGAGGAAGAGGAGGGGGCCGGAGGAGGAACCCUCCAGGCAGGAGGAGGUUCAUCAAGCCCAACCGAAUCACAGACAUCCAGUCCAUCCUGAACAAACUCAAACAGCCCACCACGCUGAAGAAGCAAGGCAACAACACAGUACACUACACUAUGGAGCUGACCACAGACUGUGACUGUGAUGAGGAUGGGAAGAAGAAGACAAGUGGUCAGCGGAUCGUCACACCCACAACAUCGCCUAAAUCAUCGCCUUUAGUCUCUAGCUCCUCUCUAGGAAGAACAGAGAGGCCUAUCUCUACAACACUGGACACUCCCACCACCACAUACUCAACAGAAGCCCCCACCACCACCACCCAGCCCACCUCCACUCACUCUCAGUCCAGAGGUGAGGUAUCCAUAACCUCCUCUGAUGCCCCAGAGUCUGACCCAACACACGACCCUAUGACGAGCACAACAGAUGAACCAACAACCUCCACCAUCACAACCACAACCGCCUCCAAGGUCGUCCGUGGUAAGAUCAACUGGGACAGGCUGUUUGGGAACAGGGCGAGGCAGAAGGAGAAACUCAACGGGCUACGUAAACCAGCCAGGCCCUCCACCAGCACAGAGGGUUCAACAACGGUCCAACCCACCACCACCGCAACUACAACUACAACCGCACUGCCCACCCAGCGGUCUCUGGCUGAACCUGUGACCGAGUCACCGUCUAGAGCAGGUAAACACCCAGAGACCCCAGAGAGCUCAUCAGACGAUGACUAUGGAGAUUCAUCGCCUGACUCUGAGGCAUCGACCACAUCCCAGCCUGGCACUAGCCGUGGAACUACAACCCCAGCCUGGCACUACAGGUACUCCAACACCACAGAGUCUUCCCCAGACACCAAGACUAUCGCUACUCCACCCACAGAAAAACCUGCCCCAAGAGAAGAUACAGAUGAGGCCUCGUCCUCUGGGUCUGAAUCCGGAGGGUCAGGGGGGUACCUUUCCCGUAGAUUUGGGGGAAACCGGAGACCGAAUGGAGGGUCAGGGGGCAGGAGGCCUUUCAGGGGCAGGUGGCCUUUCAGAAAAACCAUAACAACUACCGAAGCGCCCAGCACCACCAUGGAAACAACAGAGAUCACCAUGGAAACCACCACAUAUCCCACACGGACCGUCUCCGUCUCCAAGCCCCUGUACACGCCCUCCAGGGAAUCAGAAAGGUCUGCAGUGACUGUGUCCACUGACUUGACCUCCGUGGGAGAAACCACCACAGACUACGACUCAUACGAAGAUGAGAACUGGACAGACGAGAUGGGGUCCACCACUAACCGUCCACGAGCCUAUACUUCCACCACCAGGCCCAGAAUGACUUCCAACACACCUCAUCCAACCACCACCUCAAGGCCUUACACGACAUCAUCAACCCGCGUCCAGACUAACACCGACCCCAUCAGAGUGAACACCAACAUCAGGCUCCCGUCAGGGAGAGAUAGUCGUUACCAGAUCACACAGAGACCCAUGAUCAGGAGAACCAGGCCAACGGUGUCCAGUAAAAGGGCCAGACCAAGCCCAGACAAGACCCUGACUUUUGACACACUGACUGUUCUGGAAGCAGAGCAAGGGCACACCAAUGGCCCCUACAGUAGCAAGGACAUAGACAAUGCCAUCUCUAACACCUAUACCCACAUCACCGGCUAUGAUACAACAACCGCUAACAUUGUGGGCUUUGAGCCAUCUACCAAGGACAUGCUCACCAAGCCCAGGAUUGUGGGAGGCAACGCGGCUAGCUUCACUGUCCUGUCCAACUCAGACGCCUUCCUGCCCUGUGAAGCCGCGGGCAGCCCUGAACCCACCAUCAGCUGGAAACGCUUCUCUUCAAGCAUGGGAAGCACAAUGACCAUCAAGGGCAAGAUAGGCAAGUUUGAGGUGUUCCAGAACGGCACUCUGUCCAUCCAGAACGCCAACAUCAAAGACCGUGGCCAGUACCUCUGCCUGGCCGAGAACGACCAGGGGUCGGACAAGCUCCUGGUCACCCUGUCCGUAGUGGCCUACCCCUCACGCAUCCUGGAGCCCAAGGUACGGGAGAUAAAGUCCCACUCAGGGAAGACAGUGGAGAUGAAGUGCAAGGCGGAGGGCCGCCCCACCCCUCUAGUCUCCUGGAUCCUGGCUAACCGCACCCAAGUCAGGGGCCACAACUCGGACCCCAGAGUGUCAGUGACCCCAGAGGGUACUCUGCUCAUCAAGCAUGUGUCUGUGUAUGACCGGGGCCACUACAAGUGCAUCGCCAGUAACCCAGCAGGAGCCGACACUGCCACUGUCAGACUGCAGGUGGUGGCAGCACCUCCUGGUAUCCUGGAGGCCAAACGACAGCAGGUCCAGGCCGGUGUGGGUCAGAGCCUGUGGUUACCCUGUACAGUUCAGGGUAGCCCCCAGCCCACCGUACACUGGGUCCUCUAUGAUGGGAUGGCGGUGCUGCCCCUGAAGCCCUCUGUGGACCCCAGGGUGUCUGUGUUCGCCAACGGGACGCUCCACCUGACUGAUACGGCCGCCACGGACAGUGGGAAGUACGAGUGCAUCGUCACCAGUUCUACAGGGUCAGAGCGCAGGGUGGUGACGCUGACUGUGGAGAAGAAGGAGAUGGCUCCUGAGAUUGUUGAGGCGUCACACCGCAGGACGGUGCUGUCGUAUGGGGACCAGCUGAGGCUGAACUGCUCGGCCACCGGGGACCCUAAACCCAGGAUCAUCUGGAGACUGCCGUCCAAGGCUGUGGUGGACCAGUGGCACAGGAUGGGAAACAGGAUCCAGGUCCUGGACAACGGUACCCUGGUCAUAGACUCUGUGAGUGACAAGGACACUGGGGACUACCUGUGUGUGGCGCGCAGCAAGGUGGGAGACGACCUCCAGCUCAUGAAGGUCACUGUGUCCAUGAAGCCAGCCAAGAUCGAGCCCAAGACGUACAGCAAGAAGCAGGUCCCCUACGGCAACGACCUGAAGGUGGACUGCAAAGCGUCCGGAGCUCCGGAGCCAGAGAUCUCCUGGGGCCUACCGGACGGCACCAUGGUCAACAGCGCCCUGCAGGCAGACAGCAGCAGUGGAGGGGGACGCGCACGUCGAUACAUCCUGUUUGAUAAUGGCACGCUUUAUCUCAACGAGGUGGGCAUGGCGGAGGAGGGAGACUACACGUGCUACGCCGAGAACCAGCUGGGCAAGGACGAGAUGCACGUACACAUCACCGUGGUGACUGCAGCGCCACGGAUACGGACGCCCAGCCGGACCUACGCCCAAGUGAAGCCUGGAGGUGACAUCCGCUUCGACUGCGAGGCCACGGGCGAGCCCAAGCCCAAAAUCCUGUGGAUGCUCCCUACCAACGACAUGAUCGCAGCCUCCAACGAACGCUACCUGAUGCACGUCAACGGGUCUCUCGAUAUCCGGGACGUUAAGCUUAGGGAUGCUGGUGAGUACGUGUGCAUGGCUCGCAACACCGCCGGGGAUGACAGCAAGGUUUACAAGCUGGAUAUUGACGGAAACCCUCCGGUGAUCAACGGCUACUACCAGAACAGGACCGUGGUGAAAGACACGGCUGCUAAGUACUCCAGGAAGUUCAUAGACUGCAAGGCCGCUGGAGACCCACCUCCGAAGAUCACCUGGAUCAUGCCGGAUAACAUCUUCCUGAAUGCUCCGUAUUUUGGCAGCAGAAUUAUCGUCCACCACAACGGAACGCUGGAAUUCCGGAACGUCCGUCCGACGGACAUGGCGGAGUUCAUCUGCAUGGCAAGGAACGACGGAGGGGAGGCGGUGAUGGUGGUACAGCUGGAGGUCACUGACAUGCUCCGACGGCCCAUCUUCAAGAACCCCUUCAACGAGAAGGUGGUGACCCGCAUGGGCAAGACCACGGUGCUGAACUGUUCUGCAGAUGGUCACCCCACACCAGAGAUCAUCUGGCUGCUGCCUAAUGGGACCCGCUUCACUGGCAGCCCCGACCGGGGCUUGCGCCAACACAUAGGCAACGACGGAACCUUCGUCAUCUACAACCCCACGAAGGAGGAUGCUGGGAAGUACCGCUGUGCCGCUAAGAACUCGGUGGGCUACAUUGAGAAACUGAUAGUUCUGGAGGUGGGCCAGAAACCUUUAAUCCUCACCAGGCCCAGAGGGAUCAUACGCAGUGUGUCUGGGGACCCUCUGUUCCUCCACUGCCUGGCUGAUGGCAGCCCCAGCCCCAGCAUCUACUGGACCAUCCCUGGUGGCCACACCCUGGUCAGGCCGCAGGUCCAUGGACGCCACCAGCUGAUGGAGAACGGGACCCUGGUUGUCAGGGACACCACCCUCCACGACCGGGGAAACUACGUGUGUCGGGUAGGGAACGACGCAGGCGAGGCGGUUCUCACAGUGCCGGUCAUCAUCAUCGCCUACCCUCCCCGCAUCACCGCGGGACCCCCUCCCACCGUGAGGGUGGUGGCGGGGGCGCUCAUCCAACUCAACUGUGCCGUCAUCGGGAUCCCAAAGCCAGAGAUUACCUGGGAGCUGCCUGACCACUCUGUGCUCUCCACGGCGGGGAAAGGGCGGCCCACGGGCAGCGAGCUGCUCCACCCACAGGGCACGCUGAUCAUCCAGAGACCCACCACAGCAGAUUCUGGCACCUAUAAGUGCCUGGCCAAAAACCAUCUUGGCACGGACUCACGGGUCACGUAUAUGCGUGUGCUGUGAGGACCAACGCUGACUGAAGGGGAAUAUAAAAACCCUGGACUAUAAACUCUAAACAGACACAGAAACUUCACAGUGUGUCCUAUAAUGUACAAUGUCAGGAAAGACUAUUUUCCCCAUGUGGACUUGUGAAGAGCCGGGUUUGUGGAAUAGUUUGACCACGGUACAGCUCACAUCAAUCAGCCCAGUAGCAGAACCGGAUUAUUGAGAGGAGGAGGAGGGAAAGGAGGAGGGAACAAAAAGAAAUGGAAACUGUACAGAAGAGGAUCUGUUCUUUCCCAGAAAGACGGACUAGCUAUUAUUCUUUCUGUAACAUAGUCAGAGGUCUGGAAACCCACCACUGGCUCUCUAUUGUUUUGUUUUUUAAGGGUCUAGAGACUGUGUCUGACAGUGAGGUUCCAUGUUUUUAAAGGGUCUAGAGACUGGGUCUGACAGUGAGGUUACAUGUUUUUAAAGGGUCUAGAGACUAGGUCUGACAGUGAGGUUCCAUGUUUUUAAAGGGUCUAGAGACUAGGUCUGACAGUGAGGUUACAUGUUUUUAAAGGGUAUAGAGACUGGGUCUGACAGUGAGGUUCCAUGUUUUUAAAGGGUAUAGAGGCUGGGUCUGACAGUGAGGUUCCAUGUUUUUAAAGGGUCUAGAGACUAGGUCUGACAGUGAGGUUACAUGUUUUUAAAGGGUAUAGAGACUGGGUCUGACAGUGAGGUUCCAUGUUUUUAAAGGGUAUAGAGGCUGGGUCUGACAGUGAGGUUCCAUGUUUUUAAAGGGUCUAGAGACUAGGUCUGACAGUGAGGUUACAUGUUUUUAAAGGGUAUAGAGGCUGGGUCUGACAGUGAGGUUACAUGUUUUUAAAGGGUAUAGAGGCUGGGUCUGACAGUGAGGUUCCAUGUUUUUAAAGGGUCUAGAGACUAGGUCUGACAGUGAGGUUCCAUGUUGACAGUUCUGACCCAACACUAUACUGUUACAGCCUAUUGAGAGAGAGGAAGACAGAGAAACUCACUCACUAUGUUCCCUCUGGACACUGCCUCGAUGUUUAUGUCUCUUUUUGGGUUGUUUAGUGACGGAUUUGCUGCAAUGACACAGAGAGAGAGAGAGAGAGAAAAAAAUAACUAUUAUGAGAAUGUUUCCACCUAUUCUGACUUCACUGCUUGUUUAUAUACGAGCAGUAUAUUUUUAUGGACUGACAAAUAUAUAUUUCUCAUAUACAUUCUACACUGGAUUAUCAUACAGUUGUUCGUAAUACAUUUCUCACAUUUCCAAAUGUUGAUCUUUUUUGAAUGAGCUUUGGUUAGUUUGUGAUGUUAUUCUCUAUCUCUCCUAUCGUGGUUUGAUAGUGCUUGGGUAUUAAUACCAACUUUUAUGGAUGUGAAAUUAUAAUUUACACAGUAUUCAGUGGCAUUAUAUGAACUGUCUCUCAACGUAAAUACAAUUAUGCAUUAUUGGUUUUAUGUAAUAAUAUAUUUAUGCCUUUUGUAGCUAAUAACGACUUUGUGGAAAUUAAUUGGUGCUUAGGUGUAAAUGAAUGGUACCCGGGAGAUGAAAUUAAACCAAAGAUGGAACGUG